AUGGCCAUGCGCAUUACCCCCGCCUCCUCCCACACCACCACACACACUAACCUCCAAACCGCCUCCCUCGGCGCACCCUCCGCCCCCGGCCUCCACGACACCCUCCGCCACGGUCUUGGCCCCACCCAAUCUGCCUCCCUCACCAGCGUCCCCGAAUCUUCCCACCCCCUUGAAAACCGUCUCGCCAAAUGGCAAUCCACGCAAGAAAACCUCAAACUAGUUUCCUUGCGCCGCACAUUCGGCAUGAGCGAACCUAUCCGUCGCGGAAUGGAACUUAAAAUUGUGCGUGAAGGUGAAUGGCGACCGAUGAUGUUAGGAGGAGGUGGACCCGGUGUACACGAGGAAAUAUUGAGGGGUGAUGAUACUUCGAUUUGUUGGGAGGAUGUGUUUCGUGGGGAUGAGACAAGGACUUUACCUGGGUUUCAUGAGGAGGUUGAAAGGAAGGUGGGGAUGGGGUUUUAG